CCGUUUCCCAUCGUUCUCACUUUUCAUUCCCGGAUGAUAAGGAGUACCUAUUGGAACAUAGAAAUUUGAAAAUAUAGGUAAGUCGUAAGACUACCUGUAGUAGUCUUGCGCGCCAGCUAGGUACUUCGUUGUGUCUGACCAAGAGACAAAACCAACCCCGGAGACUAAAUUGAAGGCGUAUCUUCGGGGCUCUUGACAUCGGCGGAAUCUUGCUUUUCGAAGUGAUCCCUCGUGAGCGUUCCCGUUCACGUAGAACACCUGUAGACUUACUACUUGGAAAACGAGCUUGCAGGUCGGUUGGUUCGGUGCCUCUCGAAUGCCAUGACGUGUUGGGCGACGGAAGCCCCCGAUCUUUCCGCUCUCAACAUCCAUACUUUCCAGUGUCAGCGUUUGUAAACGAAUACCAUCACCAUGAAGCUCGCAGUUAUCGCAACUCUUCUCGCCACUGCCUCGGCAUUCUCCAUCCAGGCUGAAUUCAGUAAGGUCGCCAAGGGUGCCGCCGCCGUCGGUGUUGGUGCCGUAAUUGCCGCCGCCCCGGCACUGGCUGGGGACGUCGGUGCUGGUGAGCAAAUCUUCAACGCCAACUGCGCUGCCUGCCACGCCGGUGGACAGAACGUCAUUAUGCCGGAAAAGACCCUCGAGAAGGAAGCCCUUGAUCAAUACCUUGCCGGCGGACGUUCCGAGAAAGCCAUUAUCUCCCAGGUCACCGGAGGAAAGAACGCCAUGCCUGCAUUUGGCGGACGUCUAUCGGACGAAGAAAUUGCCAAUGUUGCCGCCUACGUUCUUGCCUCGGCUGAAGCCGGAUGGGAGUAAAGAGUCGGGCUGUGCUACUAUUUUCCUAACGUAUAGACCAUCUUUGAUCCUUGGCUACUUCGUUAUAAUAGUUCAAGUAUUAGGUGUUAGUG